AUGCCAAGCUGCUGUUUGAGUGGAGGUUACCAGGACAACAGCCUGCAGGUCUACAGUCUAGGUCGACCAAAAGCUGUAAACCAUGUCAUCCGACAUGUCGGUGAGAGAGCCCUCUAAGUCAAGUAGUUAACCUAGGCCACAAGUUUUUAGCACCUAUGUUACAUUAUUUGCAAUCUUGCUGGGGCACUUGCCAUGAGAGUUAUACUAUUUUUGCAAGUUUAAUUAGAUUUGCAUAGCAGAAGAAAUUCUGUGGUCAAAAAAGUUUUGAAAAAUUCUGGGUUCAUUAGCAUCUUGUGAUCAGAAUGAGUAACAGAUAUGAAACUUGUUUUGCCAUGUCAGUCUAUUUUGAGUUAAUUCAGUCAGAUAUUCCCUCAGAUAUUAUGACCUGUUUGGCCAUGGACAACUGUGGCAGGCAUUUGGUGUCAGGAUCAAGGGACACAACUUGCAUGGUUAUAGAGAUAACUCAGCAGGUAAUUUGA